GGUUCGAAAGGUCCGUAAAAGACCGCGCGACCAAACCAUCAAACGCCAUUUUCUCAGCAGAAACGAACAGUAACAACCCAUUUUCUCUCUCUAUCAGAGGCUGAAUAAAUUGCAGUAGAAACAGGAAAUUGAGAAAAUUUAGGGUUCCGAUUUUUUUUUUUUUUUAUUAGUAGUGGGUAGAAGAAAAAGAAGCGAUCUGAACGGUGUAAAGAGCGCAAAUGGCGACACUACGUACAUGGAGAAAAGCGUACGGUGCUUUCAAAGAUAGCACCAAGGUUGGACUUGCACAUGUCAAUUCCGAUUUCAAGGAUGUUGAUGUGGCGAUCGUCAAAGCUACGAAUCAUUUAGAGUGUCCACCCAAAGACAGACACCUCAGAAAAAUUUUGGUUGCCACAUCAUCAAUAAGACCUCGGGCGGAUGUCUCAUACUGCAUACAUUCGCUUUCAAGACGGUUGGCAAAGACACAUAACUGGACGGUUGCUUUGAAGACGCUAAUAAUUAUCCAUAGAACAUUGCGAGAAGGUGAUCCGACAUUUAGGGAGGAACUUUUGCAUUCCCAGCAGAGAGGGAACAUUCUUGAGAUGUCCAAUUUCAGGGAUGAUUCAAGCCCCAUUGCUUGGGAUUUCUCUGCUUGGGUACGGACGUAUGCACUCUACUUGGAAGAACGACUUGAAUGCUUUAGGAUACUGAAGUAUGAUAUUGAAUCCGAGCAUCUUCCCAGACCUGCAAAAGGCGAAGAUAAGCAGGUUGACAGCAGAACUAGAGAUUUGAAAAGCGAUGAACUGCUGGAGCAAUUGUCUGCUUUGCAGCAGCAGUUGCAUCGUCUCGUUGGAUGUCAGCCUGAAGGAGCAGCUGUGGGCAACUAUGUGAUUCAGUAUGCCCUUGCCUUGGUACUCAAAGAGAGCUUCAAAAUUUAUUGUGCUAUUAAUGAUGGGAUUAUUAAUCUUGUCGACAAGUUUUUUGAGAUGCCAAGACAUGAAGCAAUCAAGGCCCUUGAUAUCUACAAAAGAGCUGGACAGCUGGCUGGUAGUCUUUCUGGUUUCUAUGAAGUGUGCAAAGGCCUUGAACUUGCUAGAAAUUUCCAAUUCCCUGUGUUGAGAGAGCCUCCACAGUCCUUUCUAGUUACCAUGGAAGAGUAUACACGGGAAGCCCCACGAAUGGUUUCUGUUCCAAUUAUGUCCUUGGAAUAUCCUGAAAUGCUUCAGUUGACUUAUAAACAAGAGGAUGCUCCUUCACCUUCUGAUGAGACAAAAGUGCCGCAUGAGGAACCGAAGCUACCACGUUCAGAAGAUGUCGCGGUCUCAACUGCGGAGGCUGUUGGUCCUCAACCCCCUUCAACUAACUUGGACACUGAUGAUCUACUGCGGUUAAAUGUCACUGCACCUGAUGCUUCUGCCAUCGCGGAAAGCAACGCAAUGGCUUUAGCAAUAGUUCCAUCUGGUACUACACAUGGUUCUGAUGCUUUUCAAGCCCCCGACUUUGAUCCUACUGGAUGGGAAGUUGCCCUGGUUAGCACUCCCAGCAGCAACUUGUCUUCAUUUCAGGAGAGGCAAUUGGCUGGUGGACUGGAUUCACUUACACUACAUAGUUUAUAUGAUGAUGCUGCAUAUAGAGCAUCCCAUCAACCAGCAUAUGGAGCGCCUGCGCCUAAUCCAUUUGAAGUUGCAGAUCCGUUUGCUAUGUCUAACACCGUUUCUCCUCCAGCAGUUCAAAUGUCUCAAAAUCAAACAAAUCCUUUUGCUCCAUUCCAACCUAUUUAUCCACAGCCACAACAGCAACAGCAACAACACUUAUUGAUGUCCCCACAAAAUCCUUUCGGUGAUACAGGGUUUGAAGCAUUUCCUGUCGGUCCUGCUGCUCACCCUGAAACAAGCAAUCCAUUUGGGAGCACGGGUCUACUAUGAUAAAGUUAUACAUAUACAGAUAAGUUACACGGCUUAGUUGAUCUUGGUAUGUUUAAAAUGAGUGAAGUAGUGAGUAGUGCAUAAUAGUUGAUUUUCGGCCUUGAGAUGUAUGAUGAAUAAAUAAUGUUAUUCAUGAGUAUUGGUUUGAAUAGCAGUCAAUGUGGCAGUGGGGACAUUGCCGUAUUGUCCAAAUGAAUAAAAACAUACAAUGUCCAACAUCAUUGGACAAUGUGACAGUCGCUUCAGUAUCACAUAGACUGAUAUUCAUCACCAUGGUUGAUGGAUAGUGUUGCUCUGAUUGAAUCAGCAAAAAAUUUCAUUUGAUAUGCUCUGUGUUCAUUGAAAUGCUGAAUUGCAUCGUUCAAUCGUACAAGUAUUGUAACUGAGGUUACGUUCAUGCUUU